UCGUACCCCGGGCGCGAGAGGAGGUGGGGUGCGCCAGGAAUUGUGGGAUGGGGAGCUUGAGCGGCUGUUGUGGUGUGGACCCGCAUCUUUUGGACCGUGGGUAGCUGGAGGUUGGCGACGACGCGGGGCACGUUGGCACCGAAACAAGGAGCGGCAGCAGCCCCGGACCAAAAUGACUUCAGCAAGCAAAGCAGUUGAGUUACAAUUACAGAUGAAGCAUAAUGCUGAGGAACUACAAGACUUCGUGAGGGAUUUAGAAAGCUGGGAAAAAGAAAUUAAACAAAUGGAUUUGGAACUGAGAAAUCAAAAUGGUGUUUCAGGAGAGAACUUAUUUCCUGUUCGAAAUAAAAAUUUUAAGAAAAAGAAGAAAAGUAAAACAAAAAUGCCUUCUAAAAAAACUACAGAAGAAAACAAAAAAACUAGGAUAAAAUCUUAUGACUAUGAAGCAUGGGGAAAACUUGAUGUGGACACAAUACUUGAAGAGCUUGAUAAAGAAGACAGUACUCAUGAUUCAGUAUCUGCAGAAUCAGAUUCAGAAGAAGAAGGGAUUCACAUAGAUUCACAAAAGGCUCUUGCUGAGAAAGAAAAGGGAAAUAAAUACUUUCAACAAGGAAAAUAUGAUGAAGCAAUUGACUGUUACACAAAAGGCAUGGCUGCAGAUCCAUAUAAUCCAGUUUUACCAACAAAUAGAGCAUCAGCAUUUUUUAGAAUGAAAAAAUUUGCUGUUGCUGAGUCUGAUUGUAAUUUGGCAAUUGCAUUGAAUAGGAAUUAUACAAAGGCUUAUGUUAGAAGAGGUGCUGCUCGUUUUGCACUCAAAAAAUUAGAAGAUGCCAAAGAAGAUUAUGAAAAGGCAUUAGAACUGGAACCAAAUAACUUUGAAGCAAAAAAUGAACUCAAGAAAAUCAAUCAGGCUCUAAUGUACAAAGAAGAUUCUCACCUAAAAGGAAAUGAUGUAGUAAUUGAAGUAGAAGAAGAAGAUGAAAAUGAGCAACUUAAAGAACAGCAAUAUAGGCAGCAAGCCAUCCAAGAGAAAGAUUUGGGAAAUGGAUUUUUCAAAGAGGGGAAGUAUGAACUAGCAAUUGAAUGUUAUACUAGAGGUAUAGCAGCAGAUGGCACCAAUGCUCUUCUUCCAGCCAACAGGGCUAUGGCAUAUCUAAAGAUUCAAAAAUAUGAAGAAGCCGAAAAGGACUGUACACAAGCUAUACUCUUAGAUGGUUCAUAUUUGAAGGCUUUUGCCAGAAGAGGUACUGCAAGAACAGCUCUGGGAAAAUUAAAUGAAGCCAAAGAAGACUUCACAAUGGUUUUAAGUCUUGAACCAGGGAAUAAGCAAGCGAUAGGUGAACUUUCCAGGAUUAAAAAAGAACUGAUUUUAAAAGGGCUAUGGGCUGAUGUUUUUGAUAAAUCAACUGAAAGGCGAAACUUGGUAAAAUCCAUUGAUAAACCAUUUCAUCUUAGAUCAGAUAAACCAUUGAAGACAAUCAUCAUUGAAGAAAUCGGUGACUUGGUACAAAGUAUUGAUUUGCCUGCAACAAAUACCAUUUCUGUGUUAGAGACCAAUUGUAUUGAUACAACAGAUGUUGUGAAGGCUUCAACUUUUACAACUAAAAAGAAUGCAAAUCAAGGUGAUCUUUUGCCCACAAGUGAUACUCCAAAAGCAAAAGUAUCAAAAAUAGAAGAAAUCACAGACACUUCAGUCCUACAACCUCAUGCCAAUAUAAAAGUGGAGUCAUCAACUGCACAUCAGUCUUUCAGCAGGAAAAAUUGCACUGAAGUAAAAAAAAUAACUGCUUCAUUUAUUACAACGAUUCUUCCACCAAUACCUGCAAACUCAUUUCAGCUUGAAUCUGAUUUCAGAAAGCUGAAGAAUUCUCCAGAUAUGUUAUAUCAGUACCUAAAGCAAAUUGAGCCUUCACUAUAUCCUAAGCUGUUUCAAAAAUCCUUAGAGCCAGAUGUAUUCAACCAAAUUUUGAAAAUUCUGCAUGAUUUUUACAUUGACAAAGAAAAACCAUCACUUAUCCUUGAAAUUUUACAAAGAUUAUCUGAAGUAAAAAGAUUUGAUAUGGCAGUAAUGUUUAUGUCUGAAUCAGAAAAAAAGGUUACAUGUGCGUUAUUUAGUCACAUGGAAAAUUCGGGAUUGAAGGAUAAUUCUCUUGAAGAACUCAAGAAAAGAUACAGUAGUUGAUUAUUUUUAUGAAAUUAUUGCCCUUUUGUUUUUUCCUACUUAUAUGGGUCUGCUUCUGAAGGCUAUGAAGUUAUAUAAAAGAAAACACUCUUUAGAUAUGCUGGUCAAUUGAAUAGGAUAGUCUGCACUGCUGUGAUGUACUUAGGAGUGUAUUAUUUAUAAAUCUUUUUGUGAAAAUAAAAUAUAAAUACUUGAAGCAAAUCAGUAGUUUGUUACAGAAAUAAAUUGUCCACCUUCUCCAACCACA